UUCUGCAUACCUACACAUAGCUAAGAGACAGGCCCUGCAGGCUUCAAAAUUUCUCUCACUCAUAUCCACACCUCUGCUUCGCCUCUUCUUCUUCUUCUUCUUCUUCUCUCCCUCUCUCUCUCUCUCUCUCUCUCUAUAUAUAUACACUACUGUGCUGUGGUCCGCAACGUACCCAUUGAAGUUACAGAUAUGGCUGAUCGGAGCAUAGCUGAAUCUAAUGAUGUUUCCGGCCAACCCAAGAAGAGUCUUGCUGAUUUUGACCCUCCCAAGAAACCAAGAAGGAACAUCUACGCCAUUACCUGUGCCGUUUUGGCCUCCAUGACCUCUGUCCUCCUUGGCUAUGAUAUUGGGGUGAUGAGCGGAGCGGCAAUCUACAUCAAAAGGGACCUGAAAAUCACGGACGUGGAGGUGGAAGUCUUGGCCGGAAUCCUGAACUUGUAUUGCCUGAUCGGGUCGUGGGCCGCCGGCCGGACCUCCGACUGGAUAGGCCGCCGGUACACCAUUGUGGUGGCCCAGACCAUCUUCUUCGUGGGGGCCAUCCUCAUGGGCUUCGCCACCAACUAUGCCUUCCUCAUGUUCGGCCGUUUCGUCGCCGGUGUCGGCGUCGGCUACGCCCUCAUGAUUGCUCCCGUCUACACCGCCGAGGUGGCUCCGGCGUCCACCCGCGGCUUCCUUACCUCCUUCCCCGAGGUGUUCAUCAAUGGCGGAAUCCUGCUAGGGUACGUGUCCAACUACGCCUUCUCCAAGCUGCCAGACCAUCUGGGUUGGCGUUUCAUGCUGGGCGUCAGCGCCAUCCCCUCCAUCAUCCUCGGCCUCGUCGUGCUCACCAUGCCGGAGUCCCCUCGCUGGCUCGUCAUGCAGGGCCGCCUCGGCGAGGCCAAGCGAGUCCUCGACAAAACCUCCGACUCCCCAGAAGAGGCCCAGAUCCGGCUCGCCGACAUCAAAGAAGCCGCAGGCAUCCCCCAGGACUGCCAUGAUGACGUCGUCUCGGUCUCCAAACGUAGCCACGGCGAGGACGUCUGGAAGGAGCUCCUCCUCCGCCCCACCGCCUCCGUCCGCCACGUCCUCAUCGCCGCCAUCGGCAUCCACUUCUUCCAGCAAGUCUCCGGAAUCGACUCGGUGGUGCUGUACAGCCCCAGAAUCUUCGAGAAGGCCGGCAUCACCUCCUCCAACGGCAAGCUCCUUGCCACCGUCGCCGUCGGAUUCACCAAGACCCUGUUCAUCCUCGUCGCCACUUUCCUGCUAGACAACAUCGGCCGGCGGCCGCUGCUGCUGACGAGCGUUGGGGGCAUGGUGGUGUCGCUGGUGACCCUCGGCGCGGGGCUUACCGUGAUAAACCACUCCGCCCAUCGGGUGAUGUGGGCGGCUGUGCUCUGCUUCCUGAUGGUUCUGUCGAACGUGGCGUUCUUCUCGAUCGGUCUGGGGCCGGUGACGUGGGUGUACAGCUCAGAGAUAUUUCCGUUGAAGCUCCGGGCGCAGGGGGCGAGCAUGGGGGUGGCGGUUAACAGGGUGACCAGCGGGGUUAUAUCGAUGACUUUCAUAUCGCUGUACAAAGGGAUCACGAUCGGCGGCGCCUUCUUCCUGUACGCCGGAAUGGCGACGGUGGGGUGGAUUUUUUUCUAUACGAUGCUGCCGGAGACGCAGGGGAGGACGCUGGAGGACAUGGAGGGGCUGUUUGGUAAUUUCUGGAGGAAGAAGCAGGCGGAGAGUAAGAAGCUUGGGGAUGGGCAGAUUCAGCUAGGGACGACCGACUAGAUAGGGGUAUAUUGGGGAAUAUAUGCUGCUUUGGGGUUUUUUAAGUUGACUUUAUCUGUUUGGGACGAGGGAAAACAGAGGGGGAAGGAAAUGGAGAAGACUGGAAAGAAAGGAAAGAGAGAGAGAAAGUGUUUUGCAUCAUGUUAUCCGUUCGGUGUAAAGGAAAGAAAAUGGAUGAAAAUUUGAACGUGAAAAUGAUGGAAUACUCUUUUUCUCUUUGCUCAAUUAGUUUUCUUUUUUUUUUUUUUGAGUAAAACUUAUUAUGUACAAAGGAAUAGAAUAAAAUCAAGUAUAAUGGGAUCAAAGUUAUGA